GUUGAACAAGGGCGCUACGCUGGGCGUGGAGGAGAAAUCUGAGAAGGAUGAGGAAAAGAAGACGAAGGAACAUGAAGAUAGUCGUGCUGGUUGGUCUCUGACUCACGACGACCGGCGCAUACUUCACUCAGUCAAUCGAUAUAGCGGUGACAGUGAUUAUCGUGAUCGCGACAGGCCUAGUCAUCGCAAAUCACGUCACUACGAUGAUCGCGACAGACUUUACGAUGAUUGCCGUCAUGAAUACCGAAGGUAUCUAUUCAGAGGUUUUUUAGCUUAUGCGACUGCGAAAGUCAAAACUGCUAUUACUUUUUAUGUACUGUAUGUGUUUGUAGGUAUGUGUACAGAUUCGUAUAGGAAAACCCAGACAUCAGGGAAGCUGAAUUUUCAUGGAGCUAUACCUAGUUAUCUCAGAGUCCGAGUAUUGGAACAUAAACUUACUAAAUUUCGAGCUGUGAGCUCCAUUUGCAUUUAA